CACACACACACACACACACACAGUAUAUAAAGGCCGUCGUCUGCUGCUCUUCUUCUCAGUUGGACUCCGUCACACCUGCAGGUUCUCACCAUGGAGCAGAUCUACGUCAGACAUGUGGAGCUGCUGGGCUUCGAGAAACGCGACUUCCCCACUCAGCACUACGUUUACAUGCUGAUGGUGAAGUGGAGCGACCUCGGCGAGAAGCUCGUCUACAGGACGUAUCCUGAGAUCCACACCUUGCACAAAUCGCUGAAGGAGAUGUUUCCCAUCGAGGCCGGUCGAAUAGAAAAGAGGGACAGAGUCAUUCCGUCGUUACCAGCUCCGCGAUGGGUGGACUCCCAGAAGUCGACGGAGACCAGGCAGAGCACCUUGGCCGACUACUGCCACUCGCUCAUCAACCUGCCGCCUCACAUCUCCCGCUGCACACUGCUCACCAACUUCUUCAAGGUCCGACCGGAGGACGAGAACCCACCGGCCCCCAACACACAGAAAAGAAACGAGACAUUCGUGGUGUCCAGGGAGUUGGAUCGAGGAAAAGCAUCUGAGAUUUCCGGCCCCAUCAUCCUGGACACCUACAGGGUGAUUGCAGACUUCAGCCGGACGUCCAAACACGAGAUCGAGCUGCGAACCGGCGACCUGGUGGAAAUCGUGGAGAAAAAUCAGAACGGUUGGUGGUUCUGUGAGUGCGACGGUAAACGCGGCUGGGUUCCUGCGUCGUACCUGGAGCCGCUGGACCAACCGGACGAGACCGAGGACGCUGAACCAAACUACGAGGGAGAGAUGUUCAUCACCACCAACGCCUACAAGGCGGAGCAGGAGGACGAGAUCUCUCUGGAGAUGGGUGAAAUCAUCGAGGUGAUUCACAAGCUGCUGGACGGCUGGUGGGUCGUCAGGAAAGGAGAAGAGACGGGACAUUUCCCCUCCAUGUACCUGCAGAAGGCCGGAAACCGAGAGACACAGGCGGCGGCGGCGAGGAGGACGAACCCACAGGGACAGAAACCACCGCCGCGCAGGUCCACCAUCCGCAACGCCAAGAGCAUCCACGACAGGUCUCGCCAGCGGCUCAGCCAGGACGCCUACCGCAGGAACAGCCGCCGGUACCUGCAGCAGAAGGGUGGCCGCCGCCUCAACGAGCCGCACAGUAACUCCAAGAGCGCUGCCAAGUCGCCACUGAAGGAGAGGAAGAACCAGGACAACAUCCCCGAGCCGUCCGGCUCCAGUUCGGAGAGCGAGGUGAAGCGGGAGACCCCGGUCGUCCCUCCCCGCCCGAGUCCAGAGCUCAUCCUGGAGCGCUGCACCGACAACACCCGCAAGAGAGUCAGCAUCAACAAGUUGCGCCCUAACAACUAAGCGUGGGAAUGAAAACAGCCGCCUGAGAGUUUCUCUUCCCGAGCACGUAAAACAGCAAAUCUUAAUUUUUAUGCUUUGUUGUGUGUGUGUGUGUGUGUGUGUGUGUGUGUGUGUGUGUGCAUUAAACAAACAACAUGUAACAAAUUAAUAUCUUAGCUUUACAGGAGCUGAUAGGUGAAUUUUGUUAUUUUAGGACCGAGCUUAUGCUAAGCUAAGCUAGCCAGCUGCUGCCUGUAGCAUUAUACUGAACAGAUGUCAGAGGUCUCAUCUAAAAUAACCAACUAUUUUGUAGUUCACUUCUAUCCGCAUAUAUUUGUUUUCAAACAACUGCGGAGCUUUGUUUGUUUGUUUGUUGUAUGCAAAAUAAAUAUACACAAUAAUAAAAAACAAAAACGUGAAA